CCCGCGGCGCACUGCGUGGCUGUUCGUUGGCUACUUAGGACGGAAGCUCGGUUGGUGUUUCUGCGGAAGUUUCCCCCUCGGGCGGCAGCAGAGCGGAUAAUCUGCCUAGUAGCCAGCCCAGGAGUGGCAACAGUGACUAUUAGCAUGGCAGCGGCAGCGGCAGGACCUGCAACAGCUCAGCCGUUUUUCCGGGGCUUCUCAGAUGCUCUGAUCGAUGAAGACCCCCAGGCGGCGUUAGAGGAGCUGACUAAAGCUUUGGAACAGAAACCAGAUGAUGCACAAUAUUAUUGUCAAAGAGCUUAUUGUCACAUUCUUCUUGGGAAUUACUGUGAUGCUGUUGCUGAUGCAAAGAAAUCUCUUGAACUUAAUCCCAAUAAUUCCACUGCUAUACUGAGAAAAGGAAUAUGUGAAUACCAUGAAAAGAACUAUGCUGCUGCUCUAGAAACUUUUACAGGAGGACAGAAAUUAGAUAAUGCAGAUACUGAUUUCAUUGUCUGGAUUAAAAGGUGUCAAGAAGCUCAGAAUGGAUCACAGUCCGAGGAGUCUGUAUCCCAGCAGACUCAUCAGUCAAAAAUCAAGUAUGACUGGUAUCAAACAGAAUCUCAAGUAAUCAUUACACUUAUGAUCAAGAAUGUUCAGAAGAAUGAUGUAAAUGUGGAAUUUUCAGAAAAAGAGUUGUCUGCUUUGGUGAAACUUCCUUCUGGACAGGAUUACAGUUUGAAACUGAGACUUCUUCAUCCCAUCAUACCAGAACAGAGCACAUUUAAAGUACUUUCAACAAAGAUUGAAAUUAAAAUGAAAAAGCCAGAGGCUGUAAGAUGGGAAAAGCUAGAAGGGCAAGGAGAUGUGCUUAAGCCAAAACAGUUCAUAGCAGAUGUAAAGAACCUGUAUCCAUCAUCAUCUCAUUAUACUAGAAAUUGGGAUAAAUUGGUUGGUGAGAUCAAAGAAGAAGAAAAGAAUGAGAAGUUGGAGGGAGAUGCAGCUUUAAACAAAUUAUUUCAGCAGAUCUAUUCAGAUGGUUCUGAUGAAGUGAAACGUGCCAUGAACAAAUCAUUUAUGGAGUCUGGUGGUACAGUUUUGAGUACCAACUGGUCUGAUGUAGGUAAAAGGAAAGUUGAAAUUAAUCCUCCUGAUGAUAUGGAAUGGAAAAAGUACUAAAUAAAUUAAUUCGAUAUCAAUAUAUUGCAAAUUUCACCUAAUGCCCAUUGUAUAUUAAUAUUGCAUUCAUAAAUUUUGAACACUGAGUAUCUUUUUGAAAGGUUAUAUCUCUUUAUCUCUUUGUGCUUUAGAAAUUAUUUUCCUUCAAGUGUUCUAAGAGUCUAGUGAAGAAUGAAGAUCAUACUUUAUCACUUUUGUCCUUAAGAAUUUCAGAUAUGCUGAAAUGGAAUGAAGUGUCAUUUGCUACUAGAUAGAUUAGUUCUACCUAACUGUGGGAGUGGAGAAGUCGUUAAUGGGAUAUCUUGGGUUUUAUUGCCUUAUUUUUGAUUCAAUAUUUUGUUAACAAUACAUUAGACUUGGCAUCUUUGGGUGAGCUAGAUUUUCAACUUCAGUGUUACAUUGUUUGCUUUUAAAAACUGCUUUUGAAUGGAGUUGUAAAUACAAUUUUUCUAUGAAGAUA